AUGCCGCUGUCUCGUUCCCUGUCCAUGACGUCCCUGAGCGGGGUGCUGCCGGCCUGGGAGGAGGAUGAGCUCCCCGUGGAAGACCUGCUGCUCUUCGAGGUGGCCUGGGAGGUCACCAACAAAGUUGGAGGCAUCUACACAGUGAUCCAGACCAAGGCUAAGGUCACAGUGGAUGAAUGGGGUGAGAACUUCUACAUGAUGGGGCCCUACUUCGAACACAACUUCAAGACUCAGGUGGAGGGCUGUGAUCCUCCCAACCCCGCCAUCAGAAAGGCCAUGGAUGCCCUCAUUCACAACGGCUGUCAGGUUCAUUUUGGCCGCUGGUUGAUCGAGGGCAGCCCCUAUGUGAUCCUGUUUGACAUUGGCUCAGCCGCCUGGAACCUGGACCGCUGGAAGGGGGACCUGUGGCAGACCUGCAACAUCGGCCUUCCCUACCAUGACCGAGAGGCCAACGACGCGCUCAUCCUGGGUUCCUUGAUUGCCUGGUUCUUCAAAGAGUUAACAGAUAACCUUGGAGACAAGCCCAAUGUCAUUGCUCAUUUCCACGAGUGGCAAGCAGGUCCUGGGCUUAUUCUCUCUCGCUCCCGCAAGAUUCCCAUGGCAACAGUUUUUACAACACAUGCCACCCUGUUGGGCAGAUACCUCUGUGCUGGAAAUGCUGACUUUUACAACAACCUAGACAAGUUUGACAUUGACAAGGAGGCAGGUGAGAGGCAGAUCUACCAUCGAUACUGCCUGGAGAGAGCAGCGGUCCACUGCGCUCACGUCUUCACCACAGUCUCUCAGAUCACUGCUGUGGAGGCCAAACACAUGCUGCACAGAAAGCCAGAUGUCGUGACCCCAAACGGGCUCAAUGUGAAGAAGUUCUCAGCUAUGCAUGAAUUUCAGAACCUGCACUCCACCAGCAAGGCCCGCCUUCAGGAGUUCGUCAGAGGACACUUCUACGGUCAUCUGGACUUCAACCUGGACAAAACCCUCUUCUUUUUCAUUGCUGGACGGUAUGAGUUCUCCAACAAGGGAGCUGAUAUUUUCCUUGAAUCACUGUCCAGACUCAACUACCUGCUUCGGGUCCACAAAAACGAUAUGACAGUGGUAGUUUUCUUCAUCAUGCCAGCGAAAACCAACAACUUCAACGUGGAGUCGCUGAAGGGGCAAGCAAUACGGAAACAGCUCUGGGAUACAGCUCACACUGUGAAGGAGAAGUUUGGCAAAAAGCUGUACGAUGCUCUGUUAAAAGGGCAGAUCCCUGACAUGAACACCAUUCUGGACAGAGACGACUUUACCAUUAUGAAGAGAGCCAUUUACGCCACUCAGAGACACAGCCUGCCUCCAGUGACCACUCACAACAUGCUGGACGACUCCACAGAUCCCAUCCUGUCCAACGUCAGACGCAUUGGUCUCUUCAACUCCAGGAACGACCGUGUCAAGAUCAUCUUCCACCCUGAGUUCCUGUCCUCCACCAGUCCUCUGCUGCCCAUGGACUAUGAGGACUUUGUCCGUGGCUGUAACCUCGGAGUGUUCCCUUCCUACUAUGAACCAUGGGGGUACACACCUGGUGAGUGCAGUGUCAUGGGCAUUCCCAGCGUCACCACAAACCUGUCAGGUUUUGGCUGCUUCAUGGAGGAGCACGUCUCAGACCCUGCUGCCUACGGUAUUUACAUUGUGGACCGGCGGUUCCGUUCAGCUGAGGAAUCCUGCAACCAGCUGACCCAGUUCAUGUUUAGUUUCUGCCAGCAGUCUCGGCGUCAGCGUAUAAUCCAGCGGAACCGCACUGAGAGGCUGUCUGACCUGCUUGACUGGAGAUACCUGGGACGGUUCUACGUCCACGCCCGUCAUCUGGCCCUGAGCAGAGCUUUUCCUGAAAAGUUCAAGACCGACCCCAUGGCCCCUCUGAAGACGGAGGGUUUCCGGUACCCCCGGCCCUACUCAGUGCCCCCCUCUCCUUCUGCCUCCCUCCACUCCACCCCCCACCACAGCGACGUGGAGGAUGAUGAUGAUGAUGAGCCCUAUGAUGAAGAUGAGGAGGCUGAGAGGGACCGGCUGAACAUCAAGGCACCUUUUGUGCUGGGAACCGUACCAGAGGGCAAGAAGAAGCAGCCGGGAGAGUCGGGAAACUGAAAUCCACCAGGAGCUGCUGCAGCUUGUACCCCAGGUUUAGAUGAUCAGCCUGUGCUUCUGCUGGACACAAAAAUCACGUCUGAUUGGUCGAUGCAGUCUACACUAGUGACAGAGAUCACAUGCCAUGACCUUCUGUUCUUCCACUUGCUGCCAGGUCACCAUGCAGUCCUUCACUUAAUCACCUGAAAACAAGGUUUUUUGACCAAAGUUUGUCGAUUUAAAACACUUUCAAAAGUGUGUUAAAUGGAUAGCAUUGUUAGCUCACAGUAAAUCCUUCCCAACUCCAUCAACACGCUCCUGUGCUGCCUUAGAAACAGUUCACUGAACUAAAUAAUCAGGUUCAAGUAAUUCCAUGACUUCUGAAAAUGUUAACUGAACAUGAGAAACCGAGUCAACUAAACGGAAGAUAUAAAGGUGAAUCUGUUACACACAGAUCUGCUUUGCUUUUCAGUUGUUUCAUGUUCAAGAGUCACUGUUGAGAUUCUUCACUUGACAUGAUGGACUUAAAGAGACACAAACCCCUUCAUACCAGAGUCAACCUAUUGGCAGCAUCCAACAGUGACUUUAUUAAACUAUGAGCGCUCAGAGGCAGCAGUUGAAUUAAAUACAGUAACCUUCAUUGUUGCUCAAAAUGCAUUCUGAGAAUUUUCUGAUUUGAGUAAAUUCUCAGCAGUGCACUCAUUCAGUGCAUGAUUACCUGGCUUAAUAAUUGAUACUUCUUUUUUUUUUUUCAGGAUUAUGAGAAAAAUAAUCUGCUGAUUUUCAACAAAUUCUUGAAUGAUGGUCUCGAGGGUACCGAGCUGGAAUGUAUGAGGGGUUCAGUGCCAAAACGAGCCAAACCACAAAAAAUCAAAAAUUGAGUUUUAUGGGGGUUUUUUCAAUAAGUGUUUAUGGUCUACGAGUUCGUGGCAAAGUGGUCCAACCAACAGCCCACUACUAAUAUCACAACUGGACUUUUCAGUUUGGCCCUUAAUGGUUUUGACAUGAAAAGUUUGUGUCAAACUGGACCAAGACACAGGAGUCGCUGAUCGUUACAUCACAGGUGAUUCAAGAUGACAGACAAGGCAACCUCAGAAAACUCAACUCGUAGUUAUGCUAAUGUAAAAUAAAAACUCAGUUAACCACCACCAAGCAUCUGUUUCUACCCCAUGGUCCUCAAAAGUAUCUCUAGUUCCUAAUGAUGUCAACUCUUCAGUGCUGUUUAGCAAGACAAACCCUGAAUCAGUGUUUUUCUCAUAAAGUAAAAAAUGUGGUACGGCCUUCUCUGGCGCUCAGCAAAACGAAAGGCAAAAUUAAAACUUCUCGUAAGUCAUCACAAAGUAGCUGCUUCUAUCUCUGGACAGUGUUGAGACAUGUUUGGAUGCAGAAAACGACUCCUUGAAAAAACAUGAUUUUUUUUUUUAGCGGCAAAGUUUUGACUUCAUUUUCCUCUAAAACUACUAAAUGUGGUUUGGCCUAGUUUGGCUCCAACCCCCUCAUAUUACAUUAACCAGGAUAGCCUGCUACAUAUCCAUGUCCUUGAUCUCAUGGAACGUAGACACCUGCUCCUCUGUGACUCAGUCUGAUUGUGGUUUCACUGCUAUAUUCAACUCAACCAGACUGCAAGUAUUUAGACAUCCAGAAUUUGAUGUUGUGCGGGCUCUGUGCUUCAGUGCAUUUAAUCUAAAAUAAAAUACAGAAUGCUACAUCAAA